CGGCGUCGCCCCGCCACACGACGCUCCUCCGGCCGCCAGGGGUGCGGAGGCCGCGGCAGGGCCCCUCUAGCCCGCGGCGGCCGCUCGACUGCUCUGCGGCGCCGUCCCUUCCUGCGCCCAGGCCUCCGCCUUCGAGCAGUUCCCCCGGCAACGUCUCCGAGCCGUUCCCCCGGCAACGCUCGGCGGGCGCAGUCCUGGCCGCCAUGGACUCGCUGUCGGGCGCUGGGCCUCGCCGGGCUCGCGGCCGCUUGGGCGAGGCGUCCCCUGGAGCGCGGGCUGCGGCGGCGCCCUGGGCGCGCUUCUCGGCCUGGCUGGAGUGCGUGUGCGUGGUCACCUUCGACCUGGAGCUAGGCCAGGCGCUGGAGCUGGUGUACCCCAGUGACUUCCGGCUCACGGACAAGGAGAAAAGCAGCAUCUGCUACCUGUCUUUUCCCGACUCCCACUCAGGCUGCCUCGGAGACACUCAGUUCAGCUUCCGCAUCCGGCAGUGUGGUGGGCAGAGGAGCCCCUGGCAUGCGGAAGACAGACACUACAACAGUGGGGCUCCCGUGUCCUUGCAAAGGGAGCCGGCACACUACUUUGGUUACGUGUACUUCAGGCAGGUGAAGGACAGCUCCGUGAAGAGGGGCUACUUCCAGAAGUCUCUGGUGCUGGUAUCCCGCCUGCCCUUCGUCCGGCUGUUCCAGGCGCUGCUGGGCCUCAUUGCCCCUGAGUACUUCGACAGGCUGGCACCGUGCCUGGAAGCGGUGUGCAGUGAGAUUGACCAGUGGCCCGCCCCCACGCCUGGGCAGACCCUGAAGCUGCCUGUCAUGGGAGUAGUCCUCCAGGUUCGCAUCCCGUCCAGGGUGGACAAGCCAGAAUACAGUCCUCCGGAGCAGUGCAGCCAUGAGAGUUUGCUGCCCACCCCAGUGGUCCUUGCCAGUGUCCACGAACUGGACCUGUUCAGGUGUUUCCAGCCAGUGCUGACCCACGUGCAGACUCUGUGGGAGCUCAUGCUCCUGGGGGAGCCCCUGCUGGUCCUGGCGCCCUCACCCGCCAUGGCCUCCGACCUGGUGCUGGCUCUGAUCAGCUGCCUGCAGCCCCUCAAGUUCUGCUGUGACUACCGCCCCUAUUUCACCAUCCAUGACAGCGAGUUCAAGGAGUUCACCACACGCACGCAGGCCCCACCAAACGUGGUCCUGGGAGUCACAAACCCUUUCUUUAUCAAAACACUCCAGCACUGGCCCCACAUCCUCCGUGUUGGAGAGCCCAAGAUGUCAGGGGAUCUUCCUAAGCAGGUCAAGCUGAAAAAGCCCUCUAGGCUGAAGACCCUGGACACCAAGCCAGGCCUCUACACGGCUUACUCCGCCCACCUCCACCGAGACAAGGCCCUGCUGAAGCGGCUGCUCAAGGGCCUGCAGAAGAAGAGGCCGUGGGACACACAGACGGCAUCGCUGAGGCGGCACCUCCUGGAGCUCACCCACAGCUUCAUCAUCCCCCUGGAGCACUACAUGGCCAGCCUCAUGCCCCUGAAGAAGAGCAUCACACCUUGGAAGACUCCUCCCCAGAUCCGCCCCUUCCGCCAGGAUGACUUCCUGCGCAGCCUGGAGCACGCAGGGCCCCAGCUUACCUGCAUUCUCAAGGGCGACUGGCUGGGCCUGUACAGGCGGUUUUUCAAGUCCCCCCACUUUGAUGGUUGGUACCGACAGCGGCACAGAGAGAUGGCCCAUAAGCUGGAGGCCUUGCACCUUGAAGCUAUCUGUGAGGCGCAGAACAUUGAGACCUGGAUGAAGGACAAGUCUGAAGUGGAGGUCGUGGACCUAGUCCUGAAGCUUCGGGAGAAGCUGGUGCAGGCACAAGGCCACCAGCUCCCGGUGAAGGAGGCGACGCUUCAGCGGGCACAGCUGUACAUCGAGACAGCCAUCGGCUCUUUGCCCAAGGACCUGCAGGCUGUCCUGUGCCCCCCCUAGGACAGAGCCAAAGGGCAAGGUCCAAGGAUCUGGGUCUGGCCCAGCUUUCUUAUCCUCAGUGAGAGGUGGUCCCAACCAAGCGCGAGCUCCUUGCUGCUGCUCCCCAGCCUUGGCCUCCUGUCAGCACCACUGUUGUUCCAGCAGUAAAGGUGGCAUUUGGAACCACA